AUGGCCAAGUUCGGCGAGGGAGACCCUCGAUGGAUCGUCACCGAGCGCCAGGACGGCACGAACAUCAACGGCUGGCACUGGGAGGAGAGAAACAUGAUGAAGUGGGCGAAAGAAAAACUCGAAACCUUGCUCAUCGGAAGUGAUCUCGCCGUCCCGGUCGCGGAGGGACGAGCGACGAUCGUGGAGAUGACUAAAUUUGAGGGCGACGCCUCGGUGAGCACGCGGAAGGGCGGGAAGAAGUUCGGGUGCUUCGAUCUGAGUUUCACACUGCGGUGGGAGGCGCGGCGCGAGACGCGCGCGGACGAUUUAGACGACGACGAUGCGGUCAAGGGAGAGAUUAAGGUGAAAGAAUUCUGCUCGACGAAUGAUGAGGAUGAGUACACGUUCGAGGUGACGACGAAGGACGGAAGUGCGGAGGCAAAGGAGCUGUUUAAGUCGAGAGUGGAGACGAGCCUCAAGGAGCGAGGGAUCCUCCUGGCGAAGCUCAGGCAGUUUUGCGACGAGCUCAAGGCGCAAUAG